GUGGAGGGCAUUGAGCCGACACGUAUUCCUGUCACCUCUGCCCCUGAAGCCACUCGUCCCCUCCAUGCAGAGCCAGGAUGGGGAACAGAGCUGAGGAAGAUUAUAACUUUGUCUUCAAGGUGGUGCUGAUCGGCGAGUCGGGCGUGGGGAAGACCAACCUGCUGUCCCGGUUCACACGGAACCAGUUCCGCCAGGACAGCCGCACCACCAUCGGGGUCGAGUUCUCCACCCGCACGGUCAUGCUGGGCACGGCCGCCAUCAAGGCGCAGAUCUGGGACACGGCUGGCCUGGAGCGGUACCGAGCCAUCACCUCCGCGUACUAUCGUGGCGCGGCAGGGGCCCUGCUGGUAUUUGACAUCACCAAGCACCAGACCUACGCUGCGGCGGAGCGCUGGCUGAAGGAGCUCUACGACCACGCGGAGGCCACGAUCGCGGUCAUGCUCGUGGGCAACAAGAGUGACCUCCAGCAGGCCCGGGAGGUGCCAACAGAAGAGGCCCGAGUGUUUGCCGAAAACAAUGGGCUGCUCUUCCUGGAGACCUCAGCCCUGGAUUCCACCAAUGUGGAGUUGGCCUUCCAGACGGUCCUCAAAGAGAUCUUCACCAAAGUGUCCAAGCAGAGGCAAAGCAGCAGCCAGACCAACGCCAUCACUCUAGGCGGUGCCCAGGCAGGGCAGGAGCCGGGCCCAGGUGAGAAGAGGGCCUGUUGCAUCAGCCUCUGACCCCGGCCAGCCCCUGCCCGGCCCCCGAUGGCUUUUUGGUGCCCCGCUCCCACCCCGGGU